ACGCUGCGCCUGAGCAGUGCCGACCACGUGGCCUGUUACAGGGUGGUCCAGAUGUCUUGUGACCCACAUUUAAUUCUUUCGACCUAAUGUUUUUUUUAAAAUCUAAGUUAGGGUUAUCUAAAACGGAAAUGAAUAUUCAAUGUAAAAACAUGUUAGGGUCUAUAUUUUUUUUGGGGGGGUGGAUUAAACAUUUGGACCUUCCUGUACAUGUGGGGCCAUGCUGUGUUGGUACUGGAUUCGGCAUCGUGUUGUUACAGCGGCUGUGGGUACCGCUCCAAUCGUUUGCUAAAAUGUAACCAUAUAGGGACGGCUUUGGUUGGCAGGGCUUAAAUAGUGGGGUCUAUUUUUUUAACCGCUUCGAUUAAGGAUUCCCCCCACGCCAUCGUCAUAAGCGGCUAUUGUCUCUCAACUGGUUGGAUGGGAGGUCUCGUGUUAGUGAUGGGCCAUGAUUGUGAUAUCUUGGGGGAAACGAAGUCUGCUGGACAUUCAGUUCAAAGCAUUGCAAAGAGAAGUAAAAACAAGAAACUACAAAGGAAACGGAUGCGUAACCAACCAACAGUAAAACAUAAAAGUGUAAAAUCUGCCGUCGAGGAAUAUAAACGCAAACAAAAUGCCAAUCCCUAUAAAAAGAAUUUGCAGUACCUGCUGAAGAACCAGUCAUCUUCUACAAAGAAAAUUACACAAAAGAUCCUGGCACAAAACCGGGGAAGAAAAGCCAAAGACAAACCUGCAGAUCGGAAGAAGCCUACCAUUAAGAAGAGUCUCUUUUCUGAUGCAUUAUUCAGGACGUUUCAAAAGGAAUAUUUUGGCAAAUAAAUGUGUUUUGUUUGAUUUGUUUUCUCCCUCUCUUGGUAUUGGACAUCCAGUACCCUAGUUAUUGUUUCAUGCAUUCCCAAUAAUAAAUAAAGGUCAAAGCAAUCUAGAAUGUUCCACUUGUUUGAGUAUUCUCAAAAUAGAUGAAAGCUGCAACACCAUUCUCUGAUAUAUCCAACAAUAUAUGGCCCAGAAGUUUGAACCACCUUAUAAUGAAAACCACUCGAUGAGUCAUGCAAUAAGUUUUAUCAGUUUUUAUGAAAAUGAUUAAAUGUUUUUGAAAUGUCGAAUUCAUGUUUUAAUAAAUUGUAAAUAUCGAUG